AUGUUUGAAAAAUUACCUCUCGAAAUACUUGCUACUAUUGCUGAUAUUCUCCAAACAAACGAUAAAAAAUCCUGUUCUACAGUAUGUAAACGCUGGAAAACCAUCUUUCAAAAAUCUCUUUGGAAGGUUGUAAAAAUCAGUAAACGCAGCUGGAUACAAAGCUUUGAAAAGCGUGUAAAAGAUGAUGUUUUAAGAGAAAAUUACCAUCAUGUCCAGUCGAUAGAAAUCUACAACAUCAUAAGCCGUACAGAUAAUAUUUUCCCGCUAUUGGUCAACAUUUUCCCCCAAGUGAAAACUAUAUUUUAUUCAGAGGCUCAUUGUAACAUCAGAUCCCUGACAAUAGCUAACUUAAGUGGAUGGAAAUUAUUGACACACAUGUAUAUACAAUUGGAGUAUCACGCCAAAUUAAUUAUCCCAGAAGAUCUGUUCAAGUCCUUAAGUGUCUUACCAUCCCUUGUCCACUUUACAAUAAGCCAGAAAUCUCCAUUUAAUUUACGUACAGCCAUUACAUGGAGGCAGAUUGAACAACUUCAUUUCCACUUGCCACGAUUACAAUACCUAAAGUGCUGGACGAAUCUUCGUGAAAUAAACCCUAUUGACAUUGAUGACUUGCAAAAAAUAACUCCUGCGAACAGCCUAAAAGCUGUGGAUUAUGGCUCUUCCCGAUUUAAUAUUCAGUGGAUAUAUUAUAUUGGACUUAAAUACCCUAGACUGGAGAGACUUAAUUUGACGAUAGACAAAGAAUCCACAUCAUAUUCUGACUCACAAGACGGUAACGAAGCUAAAGUAUGGCCGGACCUCCCUUGCUUCUUUCCUUGUUUAAAGUCCAUAUACACAACUGAUAAUGGUGAAAGUGGAUUUGAAUUGUCUGUCCUUUACAGUCAGAUUUCCAAGGGUGGGGCUAAACUCGAGAGUAUCGAAACAUCGUUAUUCCACAAUACUGAUGAUGCCGAAUUUCCAGCAAAUGAAACAGCUUGUGUCCAAGUAUUCUUUGCAACCCUAAAAAAGCUGCGAAUCUUCAAAUACCGAAAUGUCAGUAACACUUUUACUCCAUUCUGGCAGGCUGCUGAUCUUGCUGAAUUCUCCAGACUUGUUUAUUUGAGGAUAUCCUCUUAUUCUCCUUUAUUUGAAGUCGACAAUGUCUUGGAUGUAUGUCCUUCUCUGGUAGUGCUUAAAGCAAGUCAUAUGCACAUUACUACCAGAAUCAAACACCAUGCAUUUACAUCUAAGCACGGACUACAGCACCUGAAGAUUGAUAAUGCAAGUACCUGCCAAGAAUUUUUUGAAUAUAUUUCCAGUCGGUGCAGAGAUUUGAAACAUCUUUCGCUAACUUGUGCUGAAAUAAGGAGCACAAAUUCCGAGAAAACAAAGCGGUUGACGCUUAGCAUGCCAUUCACUCAACUCUUGACACUGUCACUCUGCCAUGUACAUCUAAGCGAUUAUACUAGUCUCAACUUUAGUACUGGACAAAGUUGCAGAUACAACACUUUGGCAGAAAACGGCGAAAGCUAUUUCACCGAAAUUUAUUUAUAUUACACACGAGGAGUGGAGACAUGCUUUUGUACAUUAUCCGAGAAGACAAUAUCUGAAUUGAAUAUUGUCCAAAAAAUCAAAAGUGUUGAUGCCGGCUAUUUUUUGGAAUAUUUUGGUAAACCAAAAGAAGAAAACAAAAGUUGCGCAAUUCUCAGUUCAAAGUGUUUUGAAAAAGUAAACAGCAACGAUUCUUCAGACUUAUCAAAAGAAGGCGUUAAAGAUGACGAGUAUUUUAAAGCAAAUAUCGAACAUUGCUGCGUGGUAUUUCAAUGCAGAUCAAUUAAACAAGUUAUUAUUGAUAAAAGUUCAUUUUACAGCUGUAUGACUCCAUAUAUUUAA